GAGCCUAGUGAGCUACAGUCCAUGGGAUCACAAAGAGUUGGACACGACGGAGCGACUCACACUUCCUUCCUCCAAGGUCUUCUUAAAGAGCCUGGCUCCACCGGUAUUUAUAUUUUUUCCUUUCUAGCAAUGGCGACAAGUAGGCCCAAAGUGUGCUGGGAAGGGUGUGGGAACUUGGGACAGGAUAAAGCCUUUUUGAGUUGUAAAAUGUAUUAUGGCAAAUCCGCAGGGUGAAUAACGAAGCUCUCACCUGAAUUUCUGAUUUCUUGUGCCUUGUAACCAAUCUUAUUCCUUCUUACCUGGGAAGGAUUGAGGAAGAUUCUAUUCCACAGUUGUUGUCAUCUGUUGUUUUUAAUAGAAAGUUUAGCAAAGGGAUGUACUUUAGGCAUUUACAGCUUAACACUGGGCAGGCUAUCUUAUAUGAUGUGCAUUCUAUAGAUUUGUUAUCUUAAGAUGUGUGUUCUUUUUCUACGCAGACUUCCUCUCCAGUUGUGACUGAUGGAAAAGGAACCGUAAGUAUACCACUUAAAUUACGGAGCCUUGGUUCAGCCACUUAGAAACGGGAUAAUGCUGUACCCAUCUUGUGCAUUCAUUUUGAAGAUUAGAUGACGUUUGCUAUGUGACCUGUCACCAAGCACAUAAUCUGCUCAACUGUUUUUCUUACAACCAACUCAAUUCAAAAGGGAAGGAGAACAUGAACAAUCACAGGUGAUUCCACAAAGUCUGGAACAAAAGAAGCUAGAUGUGAGAGAGUACAUACUUUGUACCUUCAUCAAGAUAACACUGAAAAAUAGACAAAGCUGAACUACAGUGAUAGAUUCCAGGAUACACAUGCAGUGGCUGGAUAGGAGCCCAAGGGGGCUUCUCAGGGGUUGGCAAUGUCCUGUUCCUCAUCCAGGGGCAGGUUACCUGGAUGGUUCAUCACAUGAAGUCGUCAGGCCACAUAUUUGUAAUUUAUAUAUUUUUAUGUGUUUUGUCAUUCUUUAACAAAAUCACCCCCUCAAAAGUGACGAAGACUCCAGUGUUAUAUGAUAGUUGCACAUUUACAGGGCUUCUCAAUACUCUCUGCAAGUAAUUACAAAUAUGAAAACUUAUGGGGCUACGAGCAUGGCUACUUCCACUCAGAUCAAAGCAAAUGUGAAUUUGGAAAUUAAUCGGUUCAUGCAUUUACUGUACAUACAUUUAAAAAAUUCAUAUCAAAAUGGUGUGGUAUACAGUAAAACUUUUGGGUAUAUAUUUUACUUUUUGCUGAACUAACAGAUAAGAAUGCUAAUUGUUACUUUGAACUGUUUUUCAGCUUUUCCUAUAUUAAUAUGACACAAACUUCUGUUUCUAGGCAUGGCCUAUUCAUAUGUUUGUCCAGUUUUCUACUGAAUUAUUGUCUUUUUCCAGUCAAUUUAAGCAAUGUGCAUUAAGUAUGAUGAAAAUGAGCCAUUUGUCAUGUACAACAUUGGAAAGAAUUUUUCACUGUAUUUCAUUACCCCUUUGAUUUUGUUUAGGACACCGAGGAUCCAUGCAGAGUUUUGUUUUAAUUUUAAUCUUUUGAACUCUUCCCUUUUUUUCCGGGAGAACCUCACUGUUUUCUCUGUGCAGGACUGUGGGCCUUCUCUUGGGUUAGCAGCAGGCAUCCCGUCCCUGGUGGCCACGGCCCUGCUGGUAGCCUUACUGUUUACUCUGAUUCACCGAAGAAGAAGCAGCAGUGAGUCCACUGAGGGAAGUGAGAGGCCUUGUGAAAUUACAGAAAUCUAUGACAGUCCCAGGAUAGCUGAGAAUCCUAUAAGGUUACCUACCCAGGAGAAGAAUAUGAUGGGAGGAGAAGCGGCCCACAUAUAUGUGAAGACGGUAUCGGGAGGCGAGGAGCCGGCGCGUGACACUUACCGCCCUGCUGUCGAAGUGGAGAGAAGGCGGGGCCUGUGGUGGCUUAUUCCCAGACUGAGCCUGGAGUGAUGCCGCGAGCCAAGGAGCAGAGCUGGAGCUGGAGCUGGAAGCGAGCUGAACACACAGGGACCGAUCGUGCCUGGAGCGAGCAGAGAAGCCAAGCUGCUUCUUAACCACUCCCAACUCCAUUUGCAGAUCUGGAAAACUUCGGGGUUGAUUUUACUCUUUAAGGGACUGAUCUGUUAAAGUGCAUUCUGACUCUCAGACCUUGUGGUUUAAUAAUCAGUGAAGUCGCUGUGCAUUCAAAAGGAGCCUUGAACCCUGCUCCUGACCCCCAGUGGGGAUUUGCUUUUCUUUAUGAUUUGGGGAAGAGAAUUUGAUUUCUCAGUGGCUCACCUUUUCAUCUUUUUUCACAUCCAUUUUCUCAAAAAAGCCAUUAGACCUGGCUUCCAUGGACAGGUUGGCCAAGGCUAACGUGUGAGAAGGGGCAGUUCUUUAUCCCUGAACACCUCAGGGUAGAAAACAGGGGGAGCCACAUGUUCCCUGACCACAGGCAGCCCGUGGCUGGGUCAUUCAUCUCUCUUGUGAUCAGAGGGUAUUCAAAGUGUGCGUGGGGGGGGGGUGGGGGGCAGUGAGCACAUGUGUGUGCUGAGGGUAAAGACGGUGGAAGGAAGGCAGAGAUUAUUUCAAAAGAUUAUUAGAAAUAGGGGCUGUACCUAUUUUGUGGGAAUAGAGAGAAAGGUCCAAGUCCUUGGACCAUCAAUGGGGAAAAACUCAUGAGCAGGAAGAGAGGUCAAGAGUACUCUCGGUGGGGACCAAAGGGAUGAUCCAGGUACCAGCGUGACUGUCAUCUGAGUGAACAGUGGCAGCUGGAUCAGGUGAGGUGUUCACCAUUGCUCCUGGGAGGAGGCUUCUGGGAACCCUGGUUCCCUAGCACAGGUCCAUUGUUCCCCUGAUGGGAGAACCUGGGUCCAGGAGAUCCCGGGUCUCCUGGUCACCAGCUUCACGGGCCCCCUUGAAGAGCUGUGGAGAUAUUCCUUUCUCACACGGGGCCCCUAAAUGCUCAAACACGGCUCCUCUGAUUCAAACAACCCAGGACAGGUUCCGCACACCCCAUCACUGCCAUGCCGACACGUGCUCUUCAAAGUUCCUUGUGAAAUUCAUUUUGUGCUAAGUCCCUUGGGUCUAGACCUGGCCGUGUUUAAGCAGACAUGCCCGGUGAUCCAGGUGCUCCUACUUCUCUUACCUGUUGAGAAGGACCUUGAAUUUGCUGAGAACAUGAUUGUGGCCUUGGCCUGGACACGCAUAGGUGUUUUAUCUGGGGCAGAUCAUGGACCUUAGCUCUGUAGGUGCAAAAUGGAGACUGUCAUUUUCUUCUUUCUACGAUUAGGAGUGUUGCAAGGGUGAACGGAAACAUGACUUACAGUCUAUAAAGUAAGGUGUGACUUAUAUUUUGGACCACUUAUUUUAUGUAAUUCUGCUUACAAUCCAUUGCUUAUUACCUUAUUUUAAAUGGUUUCUACUAAACUAUCAAGGUUCAAUGUUUCUGUCACCUUUUUUCUGCUCUGAUGCACAAGAGCUUAUUUUGGAAUAAAGUGAAAAGCAAAAAUGA